CCACCACAAGCGCCGCCCGCUAGGGUUUUCUCUCCGCUUCCUGGUUGCGCCGGCCUUCUCCCCCCUCACCCCCUCAGUCCACCUCCCCUCCCCGGCGCCGCCGCCGCAGCAAGAUGGUGAAGGGACGCACCGGCCAGCGCGUGAGGCUCUACGUCCGCGGCACCAUCCUCGGAUACAAGAGGUCCAAGUCGAACCAGUACGAGACGGCGUCGCUGGUGCAGAUCGAGGGGGUGAACACCAGGGAGGACGUGGCCUGGUACGGCGGCAAGAGGAUGGCCUACGUCUACAAGGCCAAGACCAAGAGCAACGGCACCCACUACCGCUGCAUCUGGGGCAAAGUCUCCCGCCCCCACGGCAACACCGGCGUCGUCCGCGCCAAGUUCACCUCCAACCUGCCCGCCGAGGCCAUGGGGAAAAAGGUCAGGGUCUUCAUGUACCCGAGCAGCAUCUAAAAGGUUAUUUUCAAGUGUGGAGGAUUUCACUCGUCCCUUAGGUUUUCAUUUCGAGUCUUGUAAGAUGGAUUCAGGCCGGGAUAGCGAGUUGAACUGCUCUUUCCGUGUGAAGAACUUUAGUUUUCAUGUUAUCUCGAACGUGUGGAUCUCACAUUAUAUGAUGUUAUAUGUAGUUCGAACCUGAAGCUGUGUUUUGCCCA